AUGGCGUUGAUGAUGACUGGCCGUGUGCUGCUGGUGUGUGCCCUCUGCGUGCUGUGGUGCGGUUUGUCUGGAAUUGCGGUCAAUGAUGCUGGCGGUGUUUCUGAUGGCAGUGAGUUUGAGUAUUUGUUCCUAAAUUGGGAAGAACUGCUAAAGAACGAAUGCGAGGCGGAAUAUUCUAACGAAACGAAUUUGAGUUUGAAGGAUUUGGCCGUGAAUUGUUGUUUACAUCAUGACAUGCAUGAGCUUUGUGAGGAUCUUUACUCUAGGCUGUUCAUGGAAACUGAAUUCCCUAAUGUUGGGGGUGUUUGCAAAAAGUACGCUGAAAAAACAGAUGAAGUUAAGUGCCGAAAACAGCAAACCCAACCGCCGCCAGCUGCGGAAAAUUCAGUAAAAGUUUCAGUUCCAAAAGCACUGGGAAAGGAAGGAGACUUGGGAGAAACACCGAAAGAGGCACCUCUGGCGGAUCCACCAGCGAAACCAACAAAAGGACCACCAUCCUCGCCAGUGGGAGGACAACCCACCAAUGCAGAUGAUGUGCCGACACCAAAAUCAGAGGAACGCCCAGUAACCACGAGGCCAACAAAAGAUUCGACAGAAGGGAACACUGACACAAUCACAGACACCGAUCAGGAGGAAACAUCUACCAGUGAAGCCGAAUCAGCCGCACCAACACCCACGGUUGCCAGCGAUAAUGAUGAUGACAACGAAACGGACAAGGGCACUGGAGAAGAAGUUCCGAACAAUGCACCGGAAUCCGAUGAUGCAGGGAGAAAAGAAAAACAAGAUGAAAAUAAAGAAGCCAAUCCUAAAGAAACACCAGUCGAAUCCACAGCCACGAAAACCACUACGCCGACGACACCCGGCGACAGUGACGGCAGCACCGCGAUCUCCCACACCACCUCCCCUCCUUUGCUUCUUCUUCUUCUUGUUGUUGUUGCAUGUGCGGCUGCGGUGGUGGUCGCGUGA